AUGUCUUCUAACAUAUAUUUAACAUAGACUUAAAUUCAUGAUUUGUUUUAGCCAUGUGAAACAAAAAAAACUGAACUAAAAACUCUUGAAAUACCUUCAUUCGGCGAUGUUAAUUCAAGCGAAUAGUCGCCAGAGUUUCAGUAGGAAGCAUACUAUUUCUUCUCUAGUUGCAAAAAGGAUGAAAACUACACCACGAAUCCAACCAACAACACAAACCGCCACUUGAGUUAGGAUUCUAUAAUUGAGUUGAAAGAUGAUACAGUUAGAAUAUCGAAGGCUGAAUAUGAGAGUUUGAGGAGAGAUGCUUAAAACUACUAGGAUCUGAUGAAACAGAAUGGUUAAUUGAAGGCUCACAAAUAGCUGAUAAAUUAGACGAAUUCCUAUAAAUGUAAAAAUGAUUGUUAUGAAAUUUUAGCUUAGAUUUAUGUGUUAUAAGAAUGCAACAAGAAAUUGCAAGGACACAUUUACGAUCUGAUUCAGAAUAUCAAAAUGUUGGAAUCUGAGAAUUAAUAGCAUUCUGAGGAUUUGCUAAUGUUGAGAUUGUAGAUACAGGAUCAAUUAAAAAUAAUACAAUAGGGCAAGAUAGACAUGGAGAGAUUAAAAAUAUAGAUGAUCGAGAAGGAAGAAAGUGUUAUAAAGUUACAAGAUAAUUGCAAUAAGGUUUUUAAGGAAACUGAAAGGACAAAGAAUUCUAAAAGUGCUUAACGUAGCACUUAUGCUUCCACUCAUACUUCCAGUCCUUUAUUCAAGGGACUGUCCAGAAUUUGUCUUAACAAUAAUUACUGCAACACUAGUUUUGUUAUUGGAAAAUAGCGAUGA